AUGUCUGCACAACUUUUGAUUUUAUCACACAUGGUGUUAUUGCAACUUAUUGUUGCACAACUAGGCCCAAAAAUUGGCAAACAGUUCUUAAAACCGAAGCAAUGUGAAAUAACGAAUCAAACAGUGUAUGAUUUUCAAGUUCAAAUGCUAAACGGUGCACAAAAAAGUUUGGCAGAAUAUCGCAACAAAGUUCUUUUAAUCGUUAAUGUCGCUACUUACUGCGCAUACACAAUGCAAUACAGAGAUUUCAAUCCAAUACUUGAAAGUAAUUCUAAUGGAACGCUCAAUAUCCUAGGAUUUCCAUGCAAUCAGUUUUACUUGCAAGAACCAGCAGAAAAUCACGAGUUGUUGAGUGGUUUGAAAUAUGUAAGACCAGGACAUGGCUGGGAACCACACAAAAACAUGCACAUUUUUGGCAAACUUGAAGUUAAUGGUGAAAAUGAUCAUCCGCUUUACAAAUUUUUGAAGGAACGUUGCCCGCCGACAGUGCCAGUAAUUGGAAAGCGUCAUCAGUUAAUAUACGAUCCCAUAGGUACAAAUGAUGUUAUUUGGAAUUUUGAAAAAUUCUUGGUUGAUAAGAAAGGUCGUCCACGUUACCGCUUUCAUCCCGAAAAUUGGGUUCAAGGAACUGCUGUAAAGCCAUAUAUCGAUGAACUGGAACGUGAAAUUUAA